AGGUGGGUGUGUUUGCGUAAUUGGGCCGGACCAUAGUCACGUGGCAACGGGUCUGUGUGGGCGUGUCCACCCUGAAUAGCGUCCCCGUUCCACAAAAAAAACUGAGGGAAUGAGAUCACAACACGACAGGGCGCGCGCAGAAGACUCCGCUCCCUUCCUCGUGCCCGCGGCGGUUAGCGCGCCGGCGCACUGGCUACUCCGUUGUCAGCGCGAACAGGGGGAAAGCGACGGGGUCUUCCUUCAAGCGCCGCGGAUCAUGGCGGCUCCCUUAGCGCAGUUCGACGAGGACUGGCAGGAUUUCUACGAAUUCAAGGCGCCGCCGGCCAGCUAUCAGCUGGACCAGGUUAACUCCAACGGAGUCCCCGGUACGAGCGGCGACUGCGGGACGCUGGAGCACUGCCUGGAGGAUUUCUCCGAGCUGGACAACUUCUCGGGGGAGAUCGUGAGCUUCAAGUCGAUGGAGGACCUGGUCAACGACUUCGACGAGAAGCUGACGGUGUGUUUUCGGAACUACAACACCAACACGGAGAACAUCGCCCCCGUCAAGCCUAUCACCGAGGAAAGCAUCAUGAGGGACGACGAGAUUUGGAAUGCACUGACUGAUAACUAUGGUAAUGUAAUGGCCGUGGACUGGAAGACAUCGCACACCCGUGCUUUGCACCUGCCAACAUUGAAUCUGUCAGAAAAGGCGCUGAAUGGUAACAUUAACCUGGAUCUUUCUGAUGAUGAGGAGCUACGAGAUCAGUUGGACAUGCAUUCUAUUAUCGUUUCUUGUAUAAAUGAUGAGCCACUCUUCACAGCUGAACAGGUCAUCGAGGAAAUAGAGGAAAUGAUGCAAGAAUCUCCUGACCCUGAAGAAGAUGACACACCCACACAGUCUGACCGACUUUCCAUACUAUCCCAGGAAAUCCAGACACUCAAAAGAUCCAACACCAGCAAUAGUUAUGAAGAACGUACCUCUGUUAACCAUUUUUCAGGUGUGAAGCGAUUGCCCAUGGCUGAAUUAAAUGAGCUUCUGGAGGAAAUUGAGACUGCGAUAAAACACUACUCUGAGGAGCUGAUUCAACAGUUAGCAUUGCGCGAUGAGCUAGAGUUUGAAAAAGAGGUGAAAAACAGCUUCAUCUCGAUACUUAUUGAGGUUCAAAACAAACAGAAGGAGCACAAGGAAACAAUGAAGAAGAAAAAGAAACAAAAGAAUGGAACUCCACAAAAUGGAAAGCAAGAGAAAAGUCACAUGCCAGGAACGCGUUUCAGCAUGGAGGGACUGUCAAAUGUCAUUCAGAAUGGCUUUCGCCAGACAUUUGGAAGCUCAGGUGGUGAAAAACAGUAUUUAACAACAGUCAUCCCUUAUGAGAAGAAGGCUGGACCCCCAUCUGUAGAAGAUCUUCAAAUUUUGACCAAAAUCCUUCAGGCAAUGAAGGAAGAUAGUGAGAAAGUGCCAAGCUUGCUGACAGAUUACAUUCUGAAAGCACUCGUAUAAAGGCUGGAUUGACUGAGUGCUCUGCCCAACUUAAAGCCAGUACUUUGCCAUCACAGCAGAGGGGCAUGAAGAUUGCAUUCUGGGGUAACUCCCUUGAAGAGAAAAGCACCUUUUAUAUUCCCAUGCUCCCAGUCUAUUAAUUUUCCAUAACCUUGAAUAUUGUGCUAAACUUGUCUUUAUUUAAUCUUACUAGUCCUUGGAGAGUAGUUUUAUCGCAUGGCAGUAAAGAUUUCUCUUCCACCCCUCCCCCUACUUCACUUACCCUUUGCAGUGGACCAUGUUAGACGACUUGCCUGUAGGUUCAAGUGUUCCCACCAUGCCCCAGUGCGAACCCAGCUGGCUGUUUUUACCAGCGUGUAGAACAAGAGAACAGCUGUACAGUUUUAACCAUGAGUAUUGUAUUAGCAGUGUAAUAUCUAUUUUUACAAUGUGUAGGAUCUAGAGAAGUUAACUUUUUAUCAUCAAGGAAAACUGUUCAAGUAACAGUGGAUGUAAAUAAGCUCAAGAAUUUUAACCAAACCCAUAAAGCAGCAAACCUGUAUAUUUAUUCCAAUUAUGCUAAUUUUCAAAAAGGGAACAAAUAGUUUAACUGCACUACGGACACAUCCUGUCACAGCACGACCUCUUUAAUACAGUGCUCCCUAAUAGCUCUUCUUUUGGGGUUUGAAAUGAGUGCAAGGUUUGAAAAUGGGAAUAACAGCCUAAAUUUGCAGUUGUGUAAAAUUGUGAACAAAUGGAAAUCUGUAAAUUUGUGUGACCUGUUUUCAGGCAUCCUCCCAUUGAUGAGAAUGGAGGCAUGUAUUGGUAAUAACAGAGGAGCUCACCUGCCAACAAAUGUUUUUCUACCACACAGCUCUAUUUAGACUGAGAAAUGCAAAUAUUUCGUAAAGAAUUAGUUGAAUUGCUUUCACAAGCUCUUUUGAGCCGGUCAUCCCCCCUCUCCUCCUCUUUAAAAUUCUCUCUUUUUAAAAUAUAUUUUCAUAGCGAUGUGACCUUAAUACUAUAGAUAAUGGCCUCCACUGUGUUUUUUUGUUGUAUCUGGCAAAAAAAUGUGUUUUGGAAAUUAUUUUUUAUUUGAGGAGAGUAUUAAGUGUUGACCGAAAGCUGGGGUAGACCAACAAAAGCAGGAAGAUUGAUCCUUAAAUAACAUUAAGUAUUAAUUGGCUGCAUUGUGUUUUUGUUUACAACAAGAAAAAGAAGAAAGUUUGAUUUGUGCAUUGUGCCAGGUGUAUCAGGAUACUACACAACCCGAACUGGGCCCAGCACGCAGGCUUCUGUUUGAUGGAUCAUGCUGUAGAAUGUUUUGUAUUCAUCCUGUGUCUAGGUUCUUUGUUAGCAGUCUAGUUAAAUUAUAUAUUUCUUAAUGGUAGAAAUAAGAUAUUAUUGUGAAUGUGCUUAGUCAUAUGUAAAUUAAAGGCUGCAUGCUAACCAUGUAAAGUAUUUAUGUGCUGUGGUUUCAGUUAAGAUGCAAUAGGAGUUAUUUUAAAGUGGUGUUGUACUUGCCCUUUUCUCAAUUGUACUUCCUUUCUUUGCUUUCAUUGCCAGUAUUAUCAACGAAAAUAUCAUAACAAAAACCCUAAGUAUGACUCCAAAUCAGUACACAUGAUAUUGAACUGCAGUGCAUGCAGCAGUUUUGAGAUGCAAGUCCAGUUUUGAUGCAGGUUUGGAUGAUGACUCCAGCUAUCUGGGAAGCCAAGUCUUCUCUUUGUACUGUAUCAUCACAUGAGAUUUACAGAAUGGAGGAAAGUGGACAUGCACAUAGUACACACACGUUAAACGAAGGUAAUGCCGCAUUAUUAGGGCUGCCUGAUCAGUUAUUCUGAAACCAUGCUGCAAUUUAUCACCUUUUAACAGUCUUCAGAGUCUGUUGAACCAGGCAUGCUUGUGUACACACAUGCUGUAAUAAUCCAGUAAUUUAGGAUGGUUUUCUUUCUAGUUGUGAAAUAACUGACCUUGUGGCAAUAGUGUUAAUUUUCAUGUAGAAUAUUGAUAAUUUUUCAGUGUCAGUAAUCUUAAUUUAUUAUUCCUGUAAUUUUGGCAGCUUGUAAAGUUUGUGGCAGUAAUUUUAUUUCAUAAUGCAACUCUUUGAGAACAAAUAAACUUGAUUUACACAUUUUA